CGAAAGUAAAUUCAGCUUUCAAAUUCGGAAUAGCCACAACAAAAAAUUCCCAGUUUUUAAGCACAUCAAAUAAAUGGAUAAGCGAAAAGAUAGAAACAAUGUCGAUAGAAGCCUAUCAUCGUCGGACUCUCAGGAGCAAGUGAUCAUAAAUAUGCCACCCGCCGUUGAAGUUCCACAAGUUUUGUAUCUGCCAGAUGCAAAUUUGGGCACCUCCGAAACCGACGAUCCUCUGCAUUCAAAUCAAAAGGUGUAUCUUUCAGGUUCUUCCCAAACGGAAAUGGAAAAGGAAAAGGAUUUCGAUGAGGAUGAAAAACCCUGCACAAGUUCUCAGUCUGCAGAAACCAGACAGAAAUCUUCUUCACCGGAGAAAAUCCAAUCAAUGUUGGAGCUUUCAAGCAGCAGAAUGCACAAUGUUCUGGAAUUUCUUUGUUCCUUCUCCCGGAAUCUGGAUGCAAUUGCGGAGCGGGAGAAAACCCAACCAGCAAUUGUUGUACAAGUGCCGCAAUUCUGUGAGCUUGCAACCCAGACAGCUGAGGUUUUAACACCGCCCCGUCGAUUGCGUUUGGAUGUGAGCACCUUGAGACCGGAUCCAAAUCGUCCGCCCUGCGAACGUGCCCACCACACGAUCACCAUAAGGGGCAACAAUAUGCCGCCCAGUCCGCCCCAAGUUCGGCAAACAUUGUGCGCUCGAAUUGGUCGCUCGAUUGGCGACUUUAUUGGCGCCUUUUGUCUCUGCCUGCAGGUGAACAAGGAUUGUGUCUUCUGUCUGGGAUUCUUUGUGGCCUUUGUGAUAAGUGCCAGCUUUCUGACCGCCUUUUUCUAUCGAACGCUCAGCUUCACAUCGACGCCAGUGCGAGUGGCCGCCAAUCCAGUGAGCGGUACCGCGCACUAUGAACUCGCCACUCUGAAGUUCAACGGGGGGUACUACUACAUCUACAACAGCAACCAACAGAGACUCCAAUAAUAUAAAUAAGUUUGUGUUUCAUUUUGGUGCGGGCGGUUGAAGUUGAUUAAUUGUAUAACCUCUCAUCUAAAAGUUAGAAUUGUACAGCACACUUGAAUGUACUCUUA